AUGUUGUUGUGUUACCUUGCAGUAAACUUCCUAUGUACAAACUUCAAAGUGACAGAGCCAGAAGCCAGUGUGACAGAGAUAGUAGCCUGUGUGACGGAGACAGUAGCUAGUGUGACAGAGACAGAAGCCAGUGUGACAGAGCCAGAAGCCAGUGUGACAGAGACAGUAGCCAGUGUGACGGAGACAGUAGCCAGCGUGACAGAGACAGAAGCCAGUGUGACAGAGCCAGAAGCCAGUGUGACAGAGACAGAAGCCAGUGUGACAGAGACAGAAGCCAGUGUGACAGAGACAGAAGCCUGUGUGACAGAGCCAGAAGCCAGUGUGACGGAGCCAGAAGCCAGUGUGGCAGAGACAGAAGCCAGUGUGACAGAGACAGAAGCCAGUGUGACAGAGCCAGAAGCCAGUGUGACGGAGCCAGAAGCCAGUGUGGCAGAGACAGAAGCCAGUAUGACAGAGACAGUAGCCAGUGUGACAGAGACAGUAGCCAUGUCAGAGAAAGAAGCCAGUGUGACAGAGACAGAAGCCAGUGUGACAGAGACAGAAGUCAGUGUCAGAGACAGAAGCCAGUGUGUCAGAGACAGAAGCCAGUGUGUCAGAGACAGAAGCCAAUGUGACAGAGACAGAAGCCAGUGUGUCAGAGACAGAAGCCAGUGUGACAGAGACAGAAGCCAGUGUGACAGAGACAGAAGCUAA